CCCUAGCCCCAAAACCCUUGCCUACCCAUUCGUCAAACAGAACCCUAAAAAGCUCUGCUUUGGGGCCCUUGCAGGAUAUACAUUGCUGGUGCUCUUGCUGGAGUGGAGAUGGCGACCCUAAUGAGGAAACGGAAUGGUGGAGCUGAGAGGGUUCUUCUUUCCAUGUUGGAGCUCUCACUGGUUGAUGCUGUUCUGGCUGCUGGGAAGUCUCUCCUCUGGAUUCUCUCUGUGGUUCAUGCUCUAUCACAUGAAGCAGAUGGUUCACUUAUAGUUGGUGAAAUAAGUAAAGGGAAGCCUGUAGCUCCGCGCGGAGAUGCCAAGGCCGAACAUGUCCCUGAGGACAAGGAUAGUGACUCUGAUGAUGAUGGUGAGGAGGAUGAUGAUGAUGAGCCAGAGGAUCAUGAUGAUGAAGGUGGAGAUGUCUCAGACGAUGAAGGACCUGACAGUGAGGGAGGUGAGGAUGAGGAUCCAGAAGUUAAUGGUGAAGGCGGGAGUGAUGAUGAUGACGAUGAUGAUGAUGACGACGAUGAUGAAGACGAUGAGGAUGAUGAUGAAGAUGAGGAUGAUGAUGAUGACGAUGAUGAGGAAGAUACCCCGCAGCCACCAGCCAAGAAGAGGAAAUGAGGCAAAAUAAAAGGUUCAUGGCAGUAGAUUUGCAUUUAUUUGUAGUUCAAUCUCAUUUGUGUUUUUAGAAGAGUUGAUAGCAAAUGUGGGUGUGUUUUAAUGUAGGAUGUUCUGAGCAUGGGAAGAGGAAAGCCCAGCAUUUGUACUAUUGACCUUUAACCAUCUUUUCUUUUUUCUUUUUAAUUGUUGUGAAUCAUAUUACACUGUUUUUUUCCAUUUGAUUCUAUUAAGCAGUUUCUCAUUUGCCUC